CACCAGCGCUCCGGGGAUCAACCCUCCUUCCCCGUGGACGUCCUGUGCUCCUCUUUAGUCUGGUUUUUUAAUUUUUUUUUCCUCACUGCACCUGGCCUCUGCUAGGAUCCUGCUUGACUGAGGUUUAGCCCCUCACUGCUGGACUAACCACUUCGGGCGGGGUACGGGAAGGAGUCUCUUGUCCUUACACCUCAAGCGCCUCCUCCACUCGACUUCUCCCCAUCCUGAGUGAACUGGAAGGAGAUAGAAUUUGUGGACAAGAUUCUGACAGUCCCCAAAGGUCAGCAUGACAGUCACCCAGGUGCGGAGCCAGCCAGAAACAGACGGCGGAAGGAGUUUCCCGGACUGAGCUGUCACUCACCGGCCUGCACCAAUUACAACGCAGAUUGCUCGCGGGCCCACCUCUUUUGGGGUGUGUCACAAGUGAGUGAUAGACUGAGCCGCCCGGCCCUGCUCAGCCCAGCCCACGUUGCUGCUUAGAUUGAAAUGCAGAACUCAAGCCUCUUUCAGCCCGGCACAGACUUCCUUUUACUCUUUCCUUUGGCACUCUUGUCGCCUCCUCCCGGGAAGAAGCCAAGGCACCCUCGGCUUGGAGCAGCGACAGGCCGGCUCAGUGAGAACAAGAAAAAAGUUUCUUUCUGGGAGUGCGGAACUGGGGCCGGGUUGGUGUACUGCUCAGAGCAAUGGAGCCAGCCUUCGGGGAGGUGAACCAGCUGGGAGGAGUGUUCGUGAACGGAAGGCCGCUGCCCAACGCCAUUCGGCUUCGCAUCGUGGAAUUAGCCCAACUGGGCAUCCGACCUUGUGACAUCAGCCGCCAGCUACGGGUCUCGCACGGCUGCGUCAGCAAGAUCCUGGCGCGCUACAACGAGACCGGUUCGAUUUUGCCGGGAGCUAUUGGGGGGAGCAAGCCCCGGGUCACCACCCCUACUGUGGUGAAACACAUCCGGACUUACAAGCAGAGGGACCCAGGCAUCUUCGCUUGGGAGAUCCGGGACCGCCUGCUGGCGGAUGGCGUGUGCGACAAGUACAACGUGCCCUCGGUGAGUUCCAUCAGCCGUAUUCUGCGCAACAAGAUCGGCAACUUGGCCCAGCAGGGUCAUUACGACUCAUACAAGCAGCACCAGCCCGCGCCGCAGCCCGCGCUGCCCUACAACCACAUUUACUCAUAUCCCAGUCCCAUCACGGCGGCAGCAGCUAAGGUGCCUACACCACCUGGGGUGCCGGCCAUCCCCGGAUCGGUGGCCUUGCCGCGCACCUGGCCCUCCUCUCACUCCGUCACGGACAUUCUGGGCAUCCGCUCCAUCACCGACCAAGGAGUGAGCGACAGCUCCCCCUACCACAGCCCCAAGGUGGAGGAGUGGAGCAGCCUGGGCCGCAACAACUUCCCUGCCGCCGCCCCGCACGCAGUGAAUGGAUUGGAGAAGGGAGCCUUGGAGCAGGAAGCCAAGUACGGCCAGGCACCGAAUGGUCUCCCAGCUGUGAGCAGUUUCGUCUCAGCAUCCAGCAUGGCUCCUUACCCUACACCAGCCCAAGUGUCACCCUACAUGACCUACAGUGCUGCUCCUUCUGGUUAUGUGGCUGGACAUGGGUGGCAACAUGCCGGCAGCACCCCACUGUCCCCCCACAACUGUGACAUUCCCGCAUCGCUGGCUUUCAAGGGAAUGCAGGCAGCCAGGGAAGGCAGCCAUUCUGUGACCGCUUCUGCACUCUGAUGGGAGCGUCCACUCCGGCAGCCCCACUUCCGGUCUUCCCUCCUAGCACAUCCUCCCUCUCGUCACACCCCACCCCUCCAGUGGUCCAGCUUUACUGCCUCAAGAGCUGGCUUCAUGGAUUCAUAAUCUUUGUGCUGAUGACACUUAAAUAUUUUUUUUUUUUGCUGUAACUUCCCUUUUCCAGGAAACCUGGCAUAACUUUAGGAUUUAAAAACAAAAGCAACUCUAAAGGUGGAAUGAGGCAUUUGUGUUGCCCGCACACUGUUUUAACACAGAGAAGAAACCUAUCCCCCUCAAAGGGCUUAUGGAACAUUGUAGGUCUGUCUUUGGUAAAACCACACCUGUAUAUUUAUUCUAAAUCAACCUGAACUUUCGAAACGUGCAAUUGUUGAGAUUUUGCAAAAUCAAUAAAGGAAAACAGAUGUAGAAAAAAAAAAAAUUAAGUGGUAUGCUCUAAUCAAAUAAGGUGACCAAAAAAGCUUUAAUUCACCAUUAGGAAACUAAUCAAAAACUGACUUGUGUGAUCUUUUGUUUCUUUUUAAGAGAUGAUGUAUUUUGCUGAGAAAUAUGUAUAGAACUCAAGCAAUAUUGGAAUUUUGUGCCUUUGGUUGUUUUGACUUGGUUCCUAAUACAGUAAUGUUUGUAUUUCUAUGACCUUGUAAAUAUGGAUGUGGAUGUCUUCGUUCCACGGGGUACCCCUCCACCAACACCAACACCUCUCUUUUAUCUUUCUUCCUUUGCAAAGGUGACUUGCUGGUGAUGUAUUUCUCUGUUUGGUGGUGGGCCACUUGGGCUCCUGGACCUGGACUUGCCCCAGGUCGUGUGUAUUCAGUAGAGGCUUCAGCAUCUCAUGAAGGAUACUUUUUUUUUUCCUAUAGCAGAGGACUCAAAACAUAGAUAAAACAAAUCAGGUUUUAGUUUGUAUCCCAGUCAAACAACACAUAUGUCAAGCACAGGACAACAAAAAGGCUGUAACAUACCUGUACUGCAAUCCUCUAACAGAAGUCACUAGGAACACAUCUAAUGUGAAAUGGGUUUUUGUCUUUUUUUUUUUCUUUCUUUCUUGCAACAACACUUAAAAUGAACUUUAUGUGCUAGAAAACCACUGUGAAAUGAAAUUGUACUGUUGUUGUUGGCUUACCUGUGUGUUCAGCAAUCUCAGCCCCACAUUUGUCUGAUAACUUAAAAGGAGAUGGAGAACUCUUCUCUAAUGAAUGUAGUAACAAUGGCUUGCUGUGAAGUUUACAGUGCGUACUGAAGCAUGUUUCGCGAGUAGGUCAAUUGGUGUUGGCAUCAGAAAUACAAAUGCUAUUUAAUUUGUUAGCAAAUUCUUUUUUUUUUAAAUGGAAUUACAGAACAGAGAUUAGCUGCUAAACCCUUCUAUACCAAUUUGAUUUUUAUGUUAAUGUUAUGAACAGAGCUAUAGGACAUGCAAUGUGUGUGACCAUGUGAUUAUAUGUUUUAUUUUAUAAUAGUUCAUUUUCUUGGGCAAGAUUCUACAGUCUGCAUUCCUUCUGCUGCUUGGCAAAAUAGGGUUAAAAUUUACUUUUAGAAUAUUGGCACCAUUCAUCUAUUGAGAUAUUAAUGUACUGUUUUGGUAUUAAUUCCACUCAAUAACUAAACAGGUAUGGAUUUUUUUUUUUUGUAUUUGUUUUUUGUUUUUCGAGACACAGGCUUUCUCUGUGUAGUCAUGGCUGUCCUGAAACUCACUCUGUAGACAAGGCUGGCCUCGAACUCAGAAAUCUGCCUGCCUCUGCCUCCCGAGUGCUGGGAUUAAAGGCAUGCGCCACCACUGCCCAACUAGGUGAUAUGCAGCUGUAUUUAAGGAACUAGGUGCCCCCCACAUCCCCUCCCCCAGCCCCCCCCCCCCCGAAACAGCGUAGAGAGUUGUCUUAUGAAAUUUCUUAUAGAGAGCUUCAUGCUGCAUUUCUUUCUAAAGCAACCAACACUCGUUGCUACAAAGAGGAUUAUAACUUUAGGAGAAGAGUAAGCAGAAGGAGCCAGAGCUGAUCAACUCUCAGGGCCAUAGAAGCCCUUCGAUGUUGUAAAACUCCCCACUGACAAUUCGCGUUCCCUCCCGCGUGGUAAGAAGACAGGCUGUAACCAAAUGGCAUUAAGAUCCAAUCCAAUAUUUUGGUGGGGACUGCUAUCCAGAGAAUCUGACUGAAGGCACAGAAUUAUUCUAUAUCUAAUAGGUUUUUAGGUGACUAUUUGGGAUAUUGCAAAAUAGUAAUUGCUUUUAUGGAAACAUAACUGAUAACGUUAUUUUCCUUAUCUAAGUUAAGAGGUCUUAUUGUUAUUUAUAUUUUUCUGGUUUUUGUAUUUUAAGAAAUUAAUAUUGACGGUGUCAGAGUUUUCUUUUUCAUUCUCGCUCCUCUCUCCAGGUCUCUAAUUGAUAAUGGUAAAUCCACAGGGAACAAUUUUAAAAGACAAUGGAAAACCGUGUUGGCAAUUCAUAGCCACUUCUGACUGAAGCCACAUUAACAACCAAGAACAAGAACACAGUGAGGUAGGGCCGGCUAGAUCUGCAAGCCUGUUACUGUUAACACCAGCCUCCUCCAGACACUAGCUCCUCCUCAGAGGGGAACAUUUUCUAAGUUGGCACAUGCACUCUUCAUAAUUCCUUUUUUGCCCUGUUGUGUGCCUUUAGCUCUCUUGCAGAGGACUCUAGUGUGUAUCACCUUCCAGGACAGAAAACAGCCAUGCAACACAGACCCACUUGUUCUGCUCCUGGCUCUCUGUUCUUUAAUGACCCAUAUAUUGAAUAUUGGGCUGAAAUACAAAUGAAAAAGAAAAAAAAUCAUGUUGGGAAAGAUGUACAGCAGAAGGCUCUGUAUGUAUAUAGCGUAUGUCAAAAGCCUUUUAUUUUUAUACUUCAGAUGCUCUAAGUUAAUAAAUACAAAUAAUUACCAUGUAA